AUGCACAAUGUACGCGUACACGGAACCACAACCCUUUCGUAUAAAAACGGUAAAACCAGCUUGACCUUCCCAACAUCCUCAUUUUUCCUCAAACCUCGGCACAACUGAAAACACCGAACCGCAACUCUCUCUCUCUCUACCUGUGCCAAGCAAAUCAGAGCCGUUGAUUUCAGGUUCGUGUCAUCGAGAUCUCAAAAACAAAUUCCCCACCUCGAAGUCCUUCUCUUUACCACUCAGUGUUAUCAUCAUCUUCUGUGAUCUGAACGAACUCUUUGGUAAUUUCUGAUCUGAAUAUCUGUCAAACAAGAACAAAAAAAAAAAAUUAUUUAUUGAAUUUCCAAAUUUUGAGUACUUUAGAGAAAUGGGUUGUGCUUAGUUUGGGGGUUUUAGGCUUCGUGAAGUUUAUAUUUAUUGGAAUUUGGGGUUUUGGAAUAGUGGGUGUGAGUUUUUGUUGGCUAAAAAUGGAGCAAGAAUCACAAAAGAGGAAGCUUGAUGAGAUGGGCCGCGAGCCCUCGAACGCACCGAUUAUGUGUGCUAAUAAUUGUGGAUUUUUUGGAAGUGUAAGUACUAACAAUCUUUGCUCCAAAUGCUACAAACAGUUCUUGUUAAGUGAAAAUGUAGUUGUAGAGAAAAAAGUGUGUGAGGAACAGAAUGUGAAAGAUAAGGCUGAGGUUGUUGUUAAAGUGGUUGAUGAGGAAAUGAAUGAUGAUGGUAAUAAUAUUAUUGAUAAGAGUCAAGUUGAGGAGGAAGGGGCUUCUUCGGUGGUGGAGGAGAAGCGGCCUGCGAAUCCCACAAAUCGUUGCAACUUCUGUAAGAAGCGCAUUGGGCUGAUGGGGUUCAAGUGUAGGUGUGAUUUGAUGUUUUGCUCAAUGCAUCGCUAUUCGGAUAAGCACAAUUGCGUGUUCGAUUACAAGGGCGAGGCACAGGACGCGAUUGCAAGGGCUAACCCUGUGGUGAAGGCUGACAAGGUUGAGAAGAUAUGAUGGUUGUGUUGGUGAUUGGUGAUGUGGUGGUGGUUGUUCACUAUACGGAGUAAGCUUUUCAAGAUUUAAGAUACUUUGAUGCAUUAGGAAAUAAGCUUUUAUAUUGAAUGCUACUUGGUUUGAUAUGUACAGUUUGGUUGAUUGUGGUCUCAAAUAAUGAUCUUUUGCUGUAAAACAUUUGGAUUAUUUAUGAAUUAGUGAUUUGCAAUAA